AUGGCUACUUCAUGGAAGCAGAAAGUUGAGAAGAAGAGAUCACAACUUCGAUCAAAAAUUUCAAAGCAGUGGCUAUUAGAUGACAUUACUUUGGAAAAGUUAAAAAGCGAGAAGCAAAGAUUGAACGAGAAUUUGGAUUUAUUAUGUUCGAACUCCGAGAAUGAAAUUACCAAUUCGACAAUUUUGAUAUUAAGGCAUAAGCUAAGCACUCGAGAGUUGACCUGCGUAGAGAUUACGGAAGCAUUCUGCCAUAGGGCAGCGCUGUGCCACCAAGUGGUAAAUUGCUUAUCAGAGGUAAUGUUCGAGCAAGCACUGAAUUCCGCGAAGCUAUUGGACGAUAACAGGCCUGAAAUAUUGCCGCCACUGUACGGUAUACCUGUAUCCUUAAAAGACCAGUGCAACGUCGAAGGGAUUGACACGACUAUGGGCUAUCUCGGUCGGGCUUUUAGUCCGAAAACCAGAGACGAGGAAUCGUACAUCGUACAGCUUUUGAGGGAUCAGGGAGCUAUACUAUACGUCAAGACAACGGUACCUUCUUCAAUGAUGGCCACGGAUACGGUGUCAAACAUAUUUGGGGCAACACUCAAUGGCCUCAAUCAAAUGUUUUCGCCUGGCGGAUCAUCCGGAGGUGAAGGAGCACUGAUUGCAUGCAGAGGUUCCCUGCUGGGUCUCGGUACAGAUAUCGGCGGUAGCAUCAGAAUACCAAGCAGUUAUCAUGGCUUGUAUGGUUUGAAACCUACCCAUGGCAGAGUUCCGUAUCUGCGCGUGGAUAAUUCUUUUGAGGGCCGGGAGCUAAUACCCAGUGUCAUUGGGCCGCUUGCUAAAGAUCUGACCGACUUAAGGUAUUUUAUGAGUGUUAUCGUCAAUAUUUGUAAGCCAUGGCAAGAAGAUGUCAAAUGCGUGCCAUAUCAUUUUGAUUUCAAAGAGCAUCAACUUUCCAGACAUUAUACCGUUGGAUUUUGGUUCGGAGAUGGUGUUGUUACACCUCCUCCAAGUGACAUAAGAGCCCUCAAAAUUUGCCAAGAUAUUGUUCAGAGAACCCCUGGCUUUAAAGCAGUGAAAUGGCAGCCUCCAAUUGAGCUUAACAAAGAGCUUCAUGACAUAGCGAUGGAAGUGGAUAUCGCAGAUGCUGGAGUUGAAAUAAGGCAGGAAUUCGCAGCCAGCGGGGAACCAAUGAUCGACAUUUUAAGGCCGAUGGUUUUGGAACAAUGCCAUUUACCGUGCUCAAUUAACCACUGGUGGAAACUUAACAAGAGAGCUUAUGAUGCCAAGACGGCUUACCGGAAAUAUUACAACUCCUUUGGUGCAGAUGAAAGACCAGAUAUCAUAAUAACUCCAUUAACGCUAACGCCAUUCCGACCAGGCGAUAUGUUGAAAACAACAUUGAGAUACGUUUUAUUUGUGAAUGUGUUGAAUUUUCCGUCCUUGAGCAUCCCCAUAACUGCGAUAGAUUCAAAAAUCGAUCAUUUGAUGGACACUACGCAAGCAAAAUGCGCUGAGGAUGAAAUGGUCAUGCGUUAUUGGAACGAGCUGAUAAGUUCAGGCGAUAUGGAUGGGUUCCCGGUAUCCCUACAGGCGAUGAGUCCAACGUACGAUGAUGACCUUGUUUGCAAAUUCGGAACCUGGCUUACUACAGAGUUGAUUCGACACCACGCGCAGGAAGUAUCUAAUGAAAUUUAG